CUUGAAAGGAGAAAGUUGAAGAUGUCGCGGGGCCAGCUAUUUGUAGGAAGAUUGAAUAAAAGAACAACUGUUCGUGACCUAGAAGAUGUUUUUGAAGCGUAUGGUCGUUUGGCGAGAUGUGAAGUGAAAUAUGGUGCUGAAAUGGCUUAUGCCUUUGUUGAUUUCGAGGAUAGAAGGGAUGCAGAGGAUGCGAUUAAGUAUGAAAAUGGUCGGGAGAUCUUGGGCUCCAGUAUUAUUGUUGAACAGGCAAAGGGAAGUUCCAGAAGACCAAUGAUGAACAGGGGUUAUGAUGAAUGUUAUCGCUGUCAUCGUUCGGGACAUUGGGCCAGGGACUGCCCAGAUGACCGGUAUAAUGGUGGUUUCCGGCGAGGAGGGAGGGGAGGGUCUGGAAGGUACAGAUCACCUUCUCCAAGGAGAAGACGAAGGUCCAGGAGCAAUUCCCGGGACAGACGGAGGAGGAGAUCUAGGUCAAGGUCACGGUCCAUGAGCAGAAGUCACAGCAGGGACAGGAGGAGAAGGUCAAGGUCACACAGUGAUGACAGAAAGCGAAGCAACAGACGAAGGAGCCAUUCCAACAGCAGAUCCAAGUCUAGAAGUCCUUCAAAGAGCAGGUCUUUGAAUUCCAAGUCAAAGAGCAGGAGCCCUGCUGCAGCAAAUGGUGAAAGCAGGAGACAAUCUAAAUCUUACUCACGAUCAAGGUCGAGGUCAAGGUCAAAAAGUGCCUCGGACUGAGCCUUGCAAGUAAAAGUAAAUUAACUUUACCUUAAAAUAAGUAGAUGAACUUGACCUCGAAACAUACCAUACUUUGAUUACUGAAAAUAGGUUGGUGUGUUAUGAUGUUAAUUCAUUAACAUAACUAUGCUAUGGAAAGCAACAGUUUAAACCUCCAAAGUUAAAACUUGUUCUAACACCAAGAGUUUUUAUCAUCAGUUUUACAGUUUAGUGAAUUCUUACAAGUCUUUACAUUCUUAAUGGAUGCAUUGUCAUUUCAUUUUCAUUUUGUCAUUGUAAAUUAUGUCAUUUAUGUAUUAUUAAAUGAAUGAUGUCUAUGGUA